UUAAUUAGAGUACUUAGAUUAUUCUAAUCUGUUGUUCACCUAUUUGUUGAACCAUGAAGCCUUAAAUCAUUAUCAUGGCUCAUGGUGGUCUUCCCGAGCUUCUUCAGCAGCGGUACGACGAGAACCAUAGGGGAAGGAUGAUAUUCACAGGACAGCAGUUGGGUCCGUUACGAGCCCGGAGUGUGCACAAGAUUAAGGAGUUGGACCCUCGAUUCCACGAGCCACUCGCACGGACGGGACUACUACCUUUCGCUCUCAUGAUGGCCGGAGCUCCCAUGGAGGUGGGCGGUAGGACACCUCUGCCGGCGAUUGAUGAGGCACUGCUCACAGGUCUCGUCGACCGGUGGCGUCCUGAGACGCACACGUUCCACUUUCCUUUUGGCGAGAUGGCUGUAACAUUGAGGGACGUGGCCAUGCUGACCGGGCUACCAAUCAGGGGCGCCCCGUUAAUAGUUUCACGACCCGCAAGGGAGGAGUGGAAGGGUUAUGUUGCGGAUAUAAGCACCAAGUUCAGGCAGGCAGGUGUAAGAUCAAACUUCGGCAGGCACACCACAAACUACUCCGAUGAUAGCAGCAAGUCAACUGAACAUUGCGACCAUCAAAUACCAAGGAUGAGGGACGUCAGCGCCAAGAAACUGUACCAGGUGAAGACGUGCGAGAAGGUAUGGGAGAAGUUCAAGCAGCUCCUGUAUGCACCGGUGUUAGAGAUAUCUCUUCCUGCAGCACCGCUGACCGCUGAAUGA